AUGAAUGCAACUGAGGCGAAACAUAGACAACACCAAAUUGUCUUUGUAUCUAUAAGAAUAUUCACUCUCUCCCUCUCUCUCCAAAUUUCUAUCCUCUUGUCUUUAAUCCUUUUAAUUUCCUUGUCUUUCUGUUUUUAUUUUAUUUUGUGUUAUUAUUGAGAGAGAGAGAGAGAUGGAAGGUGAAGGAGAGAUACGGUCGCCGUUGAUUCGAAGGCAGAGGAAAAAUUCGGUUAAUUCGCUCCGGACGGAAUUCGUGACGAAUCUUCCGGAUAAAAUUCGGGGCGGCAUCGACCCUGAGAAGCCUUUCGACAUCGAUCUCUCAAAAACUCGUGGCCUUAUCCAAGGAGAGAAAGAAUACUAUGAGAAGCAGUUUGCCACACUUAAAUCCUUUGAAGAAGUGGACUCUUUAUUCACACCUGAAAUAGAUGAAGAACAAGAUCGGGCUGAGCAAGAGCAUAGUGAAUUCGCAAUGAAGAUCUCAAAUUAUGCAAACAUUAUUCUGUUGACACUGAAGGUGUAUGCUACUAUAAGAAGUGGAUCUCUAGCAAUUGCUGCUUCCACACUUGAUUCAUUAUUGGACCUUCUGGCAGGAGGAAUUCUUUGGUUUACACAUGUGUCAAUGAAAAGUAUAAAUAUCUACAAAUACCCCAUCGGCAAGUUACGUGUUCAACCAGUAGGCAUCAUUGUUUUUGCCGCUAUCAUGGCCACGCUGGGGUUCCAAGUCCUGGUUCAAGCUCUUGAACAAUUGAUAGAAAACAAUCCCACCGAUAAAAUGUCUUCAUCGCAGUUGGUAUGGCUAUAUGCCAUAAUGUUAACUGCUACUGGAGUAAAACUUGCUCUUUGGCUAUACUGCAGAACUUCCGGAAACAAGAUUGUUCAUGCUUAUGCUAAGGACCAUUAUUUUGAUGUUGUUACCAAUGCUGUGGGUUUGCUUGCUGCUGUUCUUGGGGAUAAAUUCUACUGGUGGAUUGAUCCUGCAGGAGCCAUUGCUCUAGCAAUUUAUACAAUUGCUAAUUGGUCUGGUACUGUCUGGGAAAAUGCAGUUUCGCUGGUUGGUCAAUCGGCGCCCCCUGAUGUGUUGCAGAAACUGACAUAUCUUGUUAUAAGGCACGAUACUCAAAUCAAACAUGUUGAUACUGUUCGAGCAUAUACCUUUGGAGUUCUUUACUUUGUAGAGGUUGACAUCGAGCUACCUGAAGAUUUGCCUUUGAAAGAAGCUCAUGCCAUUGGGGAGUCCCUGCAGAUCAAGAUUGAGGAGCUCCCAGAAGUUGAGCGAGCAUUUGUUCAUCUAGAUUUCGAAUGUGAGCACAAGCCAGAGCAUUCAAUUCUCAGCAAGCUACCAAACAGCCAGCCAUAAUCUCUCAGCUCACGGAUCCUUGUGUUUUAAUACCAGAGCAAUCUUUUAUCCCACAAAAAAAAAACAGUGCAAUUGAAGCUUGGAUAAUUGAACAUCUCAAUUUUGCGUGAGAAAAAAUGAUUUUUUUUUCCCUUCUUCUUUCCCUUCUCUAUGACUGUCCGUCAUAAGUUGCUUAGAAAGCUUUGUACUCUGGUCGA